AUGUUAGUGACUCCUCCCAGAGAGCUCAGCGAAACAUUCCAGCCCACCUCUGGGACUCUGCUGGCUCCUUCACACACUCUCACUGAACUCCAGUCAGGAGCUUACAGUCAGAAGCGACUGACCUGACACAAAAUGAGAGGACUUGUUGUCUUGGUAACUUUGGCCUGCUUCACCAGUGCUCAGCACCAAACGCUGAUUGACUACUUGGAGCGGAGGCUGCUUGCUAUAGAGGACCGUAUCUCUCUGUGGCAUGAGCAGACCACUCGCUAUGCCUCAGAGCUGCGGGAGCUAAAGCAGCAGAUGGUUUCCCAGCUGGAGAACCUGGACAAAGAGAAAGAAAUACUGCGAAUAAAUCUAGACAGCGUGGGGACUCGGGUGGACCGGGUGGAGCGUGAACUGGACUACUUGGAGACCCAGAAUGGGGCUCAGCCAUGUGUGGAUGUGGACGACAAGCUGAUAGAGCAACAGGUGACUCUGGUGAAGGAGAAGCAGAAGGCCAAAUAUGCAAAACUCUCAGACUGCAGAGACAUGAUCUCCAGUAUAAAAGCCAUGAAGAUCUUGAAGCGAGUUGGAGGGCCGAAGGGCAUGUGGACCAAAGACACCAGCAGGGGCUCUGGGAAGGUGUACAUUUUUAACGGGACAGAUGAAGACACCAUCUAUGAGUUUCCCACCAUACAAGACUUCAGCCGUUCGUCGAGCAUGUCUCUGUCGAAGCAGAUGAAGUUGCCAUCCGCCUGGAAAGGAACAGGUCAUGUAGUCUACAACAAUUACGUGUAUUACAUCAAUCAGGUCGAAGAGGUGAAGGUGGUCAAAUAUGACAUGAAGAACAGCUCUGUGGCAGACAGUGCAGUGUUCCCUGUCCAGGACCAUGUCCCAGUGUACGGACUGACCCCUGAGACGGCGAUGGACUUGGCUGUGGACGAGGAAGGCCUGUGGGCCAUUUAUGCCACACGUCAGAACGAGGGGCACAUCUCUCUGGCUAAAAUGGAUGCCAGCUCGCUGGACAUUGAGCAGAUGUGGGACACAAACUGUCCAAGAGAUAAUGCAGAGGCAGCCUUCGUCAUCUGCGGCACACUGUAUGUGGUGUACAACACCAAGCACCCCGGCCGUUCACGCAUCCAGUGUGUGUUUGACGUCAAUGACAUGGUGACCAAUGAAGACGCACCACUGGUUUACUUUCCGAAACGUUAUGGAGCUCACUCUAGUCUGAAGUACAACCAACAGGAGCAGCUGCUCUACGCCUGGGAUGACGGCUACCAGAUUCUCUACAAGCUUGUCAUGAAAAAGAAACUCGAGGUUUGA